UUAGAGGUUAUAUAACAGAAUUAAUAUAUAUCGGAGUUAUUUAUUAGGAAAUAAAUUAAAAUAAUUUAAAAGAUAGACGAGAUAAGUGUCCAAAGAUUAGAUACCGGUGUGUAAGGAUUAAAGAGUGAGAGUAUACGUUUAUUAAACUAAGUGACCGAGUCGAAAAUGCAGACCCUGGAGGUUUUCGUGAACUCCACGCCAGACCCGUGGAACAUCACGUUAUUGAUGGAAAAUUACACGUAUUACAAUAACACGAACACGACUGGUCUGCAGCAGAGGAAUCAGUUCAUAUUACCAUGGUGGAGACAAAUGAUAUGGACGUUGUUGUUCGCUGGCAUGAUCAUCGUGGCCACUGGUGGCAACCUGAUUGUGAUUUGGAUCGUAUUAGCUCACAAACGGAUGCGCACGGUCACCAAUUACUUCUUGGUAAACUUGAGCAUUGCGGACGCGAUGGUGUCCACGUUGAACGUCACGUUCAACUAUAUCUACAUGCUGAACAGCCAUUGGCCCUUUGGCACGCUCUAUUGCAAGAUAUGCCAAUUCGUCGCGGUGCUGACUAUAUGCGCCAGUGUCUUCACUCUGAUGGCGAUUUCCAUUGACAGAUACAUGGCCAUCAUGAACCCACUGAGACCUCACAUGGGCAGAAGAGCUACCCUCUGUAUAGCAGUCGUCAUCUGGAUCGUAGGAGUUAUCCUGUCGCUACCGAUGCUAUUCUUCUACACGAAACGUAUACUCAAAAUUUCGCAAAUGGCGAAAUAAGAGUAAUCUGUUACGGAGAUUUCCCCAACAGAGACGAAAAUGGCCUCAGUUACGACGAAUACCUAUACAACGUGAUCUUCACGAUACUGACGUACAUUCUACCAAUUGGAUCGAUGACGUUCACCUACGCCAGGAUUGGCUUGGAGUUAUGGGGUUCACAAAGCAUUGGCGAAAAUACCGCAGGACAAUUGGAGGGUAU